ACAUUUGACAGUUUGAAUUCUGAUGAAGUGAUGACGGAUAGAAAAAGGUUAUAAAAUAAACAGAAAAAGAAGAAAUAAUAGGCUGAUUUAGAUAAAUUAACAAACUGAGAGAUUCUAUUAAUAACGUAUAAGAUAAUUACUUUAGCCACUAUAGUAAAUAAUAACAAAUUUAUUAACGUAAGCACCCGGACACCCGAGAAACCGCAACGUGUAUUAGGUUAGGCCGUUAGUGAAACAUGUUAGUACAAUAUUUAAAAUAACAUGACUGAAAGAAAAAUGUGCAAAUUUUACAAUUUGAAUGUACCGGAGCGACGAUCUGGCGAAGGUGGGGCGCAGAACCACAAUGAGGAUGACGAACGAGCGUUGGAGGAGGCGAUCCCGCCAGUGGUACCCCCCCAUGAACACAAACUUGAAUACAACUACUGGAUGUGGUUCUCGCGACGAGGUGCCGCCGCGCGCUCCGGCUACGGCCAGGCGCUCCGUCUGGUGGGUCGCGUGGGCAGUGUGGAGCAGUGGUGGGGCCUCUACGCGCACCUCGCGCGGCCGGCCGACCUGCCCCCGCUGUCGGACCUGCACCUCUUCAAACUGGGCAUCAAGCCCAUGUGGGAGGACCCGGCUAACGUCAACGGUGGCAAAUGGACGGUUCGGCUUCGCAAGACGCAGACGGGGCGCGCCUGGGAGGAUCUGUGCAUGGCCAUGCUCGGCGAGCAGUUCAUGGUUGGCCGAGAAAUCUGUGGCGUCGUGCUGUCCGUGCGCUUCCAGGAGGACCACCUAGCCGUGUGGCACCGGACGGCCUCGGACCGCGAGGCGGCGACGCGCGUGCACGACACGCUGCGGCGCGUGUUGCAGCUGCCCCCCUCCGUGCCCCUCCAGUACAAGGAGCACCCCGCCCUCCGCCCCGACGACGAGCGCUCGUAGCCCGCGCCCGCCCCGUGUGCCGUGCGUGUCCUGCAGUAUCCUCGUACAGCGCGGCACGGCACCCUAGGCCCGACACGACACGUCGAGGUAAACCGACGUAUUUACCUGCCUUAUAUCUCAGCAGAAAUCGGUGGCGCCCAGAUACUCCAUUAGAAACCUGUGGAUCGUUAUUUGCCUUGAGGGUUCUGCGAAAUACGAAGUUUUUUAUCUCUCUUUAUCCCAAGCUUUUAGAAAAGGAGGGAGGUCGAUUUCAUGUUUCGUAGGAAUUUGCAGUUCUGUUUGUAAUAGUAUGGGUGCAGAGAUAUCUGAAUUCAAUGAAAAUACGUUACUAAAAAUAAUGCGAUCUUGCUAUUUCUUUUACACGUGAUAUUAAGUAGCAAUUUGAUACAGAGAUGGAAUAUUGGUUUUGGCAUUUAUAGAUCGGAAUCAAAUUUGGAUAUGUCUGUAAAAACGUCUAAAUUAAAUCAAUCAAAAUGUACCUUUAAGAGGAUACGGGAGUGUUAAUUUCUCCAUGCAAACGUAAACGUACUCGACUCUUUCCUCCGUGGUAUUUGACCCUAGAUCAAUGAUUUUUUCAUCACAGAUCAAUAUUAUCAAUAUCUGUGUCGGCCUGUUUUGCUUUUUUGAUAUCUUUGUUUUUUUAAGAGCUAGAGCACUUUCAUUAUUCUCAAAAACGGCCUAAUUUACUAGGCCGCAAAGAGAAGCAUUGUAUUCAAAACGGACAUCAAUUAGCCUAAAAAGCAAAACAGUCCGACACAGAUAAUUUCAUUACCAUUUAGAUCUCAAAAUUUCGUUACGUUAAGCUUUGGAGGAGGAAACAGUCGAGUACGAAACCUCGUUUUUUGAAUUUUUACGCAGGAUUUUUCGCCUAACCUGGCGUUGUCCUUAUCGCACUUGUUUUACGAGCCGUUUCCGUUGGCGAGACGGAUAUAUUCACCUAAAAUAUUUAAAUCUCAGCUCCCAUAUCCUCUUAAAUUUAAGACAAAAGUUGUAUUUUACAUACUAUAUAUUCAGAUCGCGCGGAUGCUCAUCAGCUCAUCACGCUCCAUCAAUACUUUUUUAACUUAACUGAUUAUAACUAUGGUUGCCACCAAUAUAACUUUUAAAUUAUCAAUAACAACCUCAAAUACAUCAUUUAAUGAAAAAUCUUGUGUCUACGCCCUAAAACAGACUGAAAAAUAUCAUUAUUAGCAAUAAGAAUUGUUACCUAGUUAUUAAAUAAUAAUUUUAUUAAUCAUUUCCUAUCUGUGCCGCACAAUAAAUAUGGUAAAGCUUGGGUUAUAAAAUAAACUAGUACAAAAUCAUUAUCAAAUAAAUAGAUGCGAGAAAGUUCAUUAAAUUUACUAUUACAAUCAAUUUUGAGGUUAUAUUAUAAAUUGUUAAAAGCUUUAUUGGUGGUAACACUAUUGCAAUAACUUAUAAACUCAUAAUAUAUUGAGUAUAUUGCCGAUCCGGUUGUAUAUGCAAUACAAUGUUUAUAACAAUAGCUCGUGAACUCUCACUCAUUUUCAGCGUCUUUUAGACGCAGCGCCAUUUUUUUACUUAUGAAAAUAAAACACGAUCUUCCAAAACGUACGGAACAGCACGGCGCGGUACGGAUCUGCCAUAUUUCUAGAUUUUGACAGGUUUUAAUAUUAUGUCUGAUAGUUACAAUAAUCAUACUUACGAUCCGUCCACACCAAACAAACAGCUACUCUAAUCACAAACUUCACUGAUAAUCGCAUGCGAUUUGCAAUACAUUGCGACAGUUGAUGAGUUGAUCCGUUAUCGCAUGCUAUUGUUGCACCGUCUGUAGAAUCCUUAAUGUACUAACAGAUUGCUCUGUCAUAUGGCUGCGUUCGUAUCGGUUUUUGGUCGUUGGUUGUUUAGUGUGGACGCACCACUACAACAGUGGCAUAUUUUCAUUUUCAAAGUACCCAAUGUAUGUAGUUAUAUUUUCAUUAUUCCCGCUUAAAUGUUUUUUUAUUUUAGCUCUCAUUAGGGAUAUAAUGUAUAUGCACUGGCCAUUUUAACACUGUUUUUGUCUUGUUAUUGUGUAUUUUUCGUCGAUAUGUUCAAGUAGAUUCCAAAAGAACUCUGUGUAAUAGUUUCAAUCAAUUUUAUUAAUACGAAUUGUAUGAUAUUGUAUGGACGUAGUUCAUAAGUAUGUUAGUAUGAUUUGAAGCCAAGUUGGCAUUUUUAAAAAUAUAAUAUUUAAAUGAAUUGAAAGUUUUAGAUAAGUUGACUGAAAUGAAACUGAGUGAGAUUACGAAUUAUUUUGUAGCCGUGCUCCACUCCAUAGCCAUUGACGGUUGAAAUUAAUUAAGGUUUUUUGAAUGUUAAAUUAUUAAGAAGCCCAAUGAUAUUAUAACUUCAGAUAGUUUAUAGGCGUUCCAAAAUUAAAAUGCUUAAAUUGUACAGUUGCUCUUUAGUGGGGCAAGCUUUCACUGUGCACGUGCUAACGAGCUCCCGCACACCGAAAGAGUGUAACUAAGAUGAAUGUAAUUUGCACGACGGGUCUGACAUGUAUAGGAAGAUCCGCGGAUCCGGAUCCAGACAAUUUCAUACAUUUCGGAUCCGGAUUGCAAACCCUAGAUGAAUGGUAUACGAAAAUUAAUCAACAAAAACAGAUUCAAAAUAUUUUUAGAUCAAUACGGUUUCUCUCACUAUUAUUUUUAGUCGAUUUUGGCGACAUGUUUCGGAUUCUUCGGGAAUCCUUCCUCAGGCACGAGUGUCCGCGGCGGUUGUACGUCGUGCACUCCCGAAGAAUCCGAAACAUGUCGCCAAAAGCGACUAAAAAUAAUAGUGAGUGAAACCGUAUUGAUGUAAAUAUUUUGAAAUAUGUAUCACGAUAGUUUAAUUUCGAAAAACAGAUUCAUUCGCAAUUCGUAGGUAAGUAAUUAAAUAAAUAUGGAAGUAUUUCUGUGUUCCUUAUGUAUGACUAUAACCUGUAUAACCUCUAAAGUAAUAUAAUAUCAUUGUAGAGAGCUAACACUUAUCUUCAUGCUUUAUUCUUGAGGAUGAAACCCCGUGAGGUAUUCUAGGGACAUGUUUUUAACAUCAAAAAACCUUAUUAUUGCCCAUACUGAAGCGUCAUCUGUUGUGAUUUCGUUGUAACUAUGUCUGAAAUUCGCCCUAGCGAUUCAGCAGAUUCAUUCUCACAACGCGCAGUGUACAUAAUAGUAAAAUUGAGUGAAUAUCAAAUUUUAUAAUUGUGAGAAUGUGUUGUUUCGGGGUCACUAUGGUUUUCCAUAUGAAAGGUACACGGAAAGAACAUGUCUAGUCACUUUUUUUCGAAAAAUUAGAUUUUCAUUUCGAAAUGUAGAGCUCUUAAUAAACUAUUAGUUAUAUCUUUUGCUACCACUGUAUAAUAUAUGCAACACGACAUUUUUUUAGUUAAAAAAGACCUGGUCACGGAAUUACUAUACAUUUUGACAUGGUUCCAAAUUUUAAAACCGCGAUUAAAAAUGUUACUAAAUUGACUAGACAUGUUCUUUCCGUGUACCCUUCAUAUAGUUUUAAGUCAUAAUGGAUAUUGUUUGUCCACAUUUUCGUUAGUCAUUAUUUAGUUUUUCUCAGAAACGCGUAACUUUUCAGGAUUGCCAUAAAACAAACCUAACCUAUAUAUAGGAUAACCUAAGGAAAAUCCUAAAAAGUUAACGGUUUCAGAAUAUGACUAAUGAUAAUAUGACAAUCAUUACAUUAUGACUUUCAAUAAUUAUGUCAAACAAAGGGACCCCGUUGUGUCGCCUACCCUUGUACAGUUUAAACUGGUUUACUGAAAAUAAAGAAUCAGCCUUUGUAUACUUUCA